GAAGCGGCACUGUACUGUGCCAGGCAUAUCCUGUUGGCCAGUGCCUCGCUGGUCGCGGAAGUACCAUUGAUGGGCGUACUUCGUGGUGGUGGCGUGCCGUUUGCAGUCGCAUUCUGUGUAGAGGCCACAGAAGGCGGUCUCGAACUCUCCGAGUACUGGACCCUCUGUUGUUGUUGCUGCUGGGGUCCCUUGAGUUGA